AUAAAUGGUAAAAACUUCAACAGUUUAUCAGUCUUAACAUAAAAAUGUGUGAAAUCUUCCUUCUGAUUAACAUUAAUGCAACAUUUUCCCCUGAUGUAUUUGCAUGUCUUGAGUCAUAUAGUUUUUAUCUCCCUCAAUCGUUAUACAGUUUAACACAACUUGCCUGUUAGUUCCUUGUUUUCUGAUUCUUUCUAAAUAAGACAACUAGAAGAGGAAGCAAAAACUCACAUCACUUCCUGUCUUCCUGGUCAAACCUUAAUACCAUCGCCUCCAACAGCAUCACCAUAAGGACUCUGCAGUUAUUUUUGAACAAAUCAUUUACAGAAUCAUAACAGAAAUGACAGCUGUGAUCGGAUUGUUGCUGAUGCUGCUGACAGUCACUGACGGUGUGGUGACCCACUGUGAUGGCAGACAGAAUGGAGCUCAGUGUUAUGGAGCUUUGGGAGGAUCUGUUUCUAUCCAGCUGAUGGACGACUUCUCAAAAAUACAUAGAUACCAGUUGUUCAAGCAGAACACUAUUGUAAUGUCUGGAGGAAAAGAUAAACAACCUGAUUCUAUAAUAAACAACAGAUAUUCAUUUAUUCCCUCUAAUUGGACAUUUUGGAUCAACAAUCUGAGUAGGAAUGACAGUGAUGAAUAUAAACUUGGAACAUUUGAUACAAAUGGAAAACAGACAGCAAUCCACUCUCUUCAGUUAUCAGUUCAAGCUCCUGUGUCCUCCGUCUCUCUGGUCUCUGAGUGUUUGUCUCAGGGAGAGAUGAAGGUGUCCUGCUCCUCUGAGGGAGGGGACAGUCCUCAGUACAGGUGGACUCUGAAUGGAAAGUCACUGACAGAAGCUGAGCUUCUUUCUGGAAACGAGCAGACAAACAUCAUCACUUUGAAACAACACGUCUCUGGACGUCUGGUCUGUUCUGUCUGGAACCACGUCAGUUCUGUUUCUAAUGAGACAAACAUCCGUACCUGUGGUUUCAUUUAUAUAAACUGCACAUUUAAUGGGACAGAGAUAUCAAAGUGGGUGUUCAAGGAAAGCAACACUCUGUGUCUCUCACCAACAACAGUCUCACCAACAGAGCACAGCUCUCCGGGUAAGGAGUCAGGGUCUCUAACAACCUCCCCUUUUAACACAACCUGCAAUCAAACUGUGAGUCCAUGCAAAGAGGCGCCUUGGUACAUUUCACAUCUUCCCAUUCUGGGUGGAGUUCUGUCAGCUCUAUUAUUCUUCUUACUAGUUGGAAUUGUUAUCAUUUGUAAAAGGAAGAAAAAACCAAUCGUAAAAGAGAGAGGUGAGCAUGAGCUGAUCUACGCUGAUGUCAGGGUUGUGAAGCAGCAGAGCAAAAAACAGAAGCAAAGGCCUUGCCAGGACGCGGAUGUGGAGUACGGCCAGGUCAAGUUCAGGGAGCGACCUCAGCACACGGAGACGCCGGCAGAUGAGUGCGUCUACGCAAAGGUCCGGAAAUAAUAGAUGACCUGAGCGGGUAAAAAGAACUGCACUGCUGCAGCAGAGGACAGGCAAAACGAGAUCUUUUUAUGGAGGAAUUUAAUGUAAAUAUAUAUAUAUUGUCUUUUGUUGCUUGUAGAUUUUACAUUUUUGUGCUCUCAGAGGAUUUUUGUUUUUGUUUGUACAUAUAUUGCACAAAAAAGCAGAAGUGACAUGUUUUUUUAUUUAGGAUUUCUCUAAUCCAAUUUAACUAGUUUCUAUUUAACACAAAAAAUUCCACCUUAUUUGUAUAUUUAAAGCUUUUCUUUUAGUGUUUUUCAAUACAAUAAAAGAAAACUAGUUGCAUUGCUUGCACUUAAAUAACACUCUACUGGCAUUUUUUUCUCCUCAUUUAAUAUGAACGGUUUUUGACACGUUAAAAUCCUCUCUUUCGCUUGUUCCUCUGAACAUAGGCUUUGUUUCAUAUUAAACGGAUCUCAAAAUAAUUUAUGCUGCAACCACAGUAUUAGUAAAUUCUUAAAAAAAAACAUUGAGUUAAUUUAAUAUAUUCACUAUUGGCAGCAGUGAGCACAGAAAUCGAUUGACUGAGGAGGAGAACUAUCUUUUUGAAGGAGGCUGUGUUUCUUACAAACUCUUUUUUUAUGUUAGGAGGUAGUAAGCAGAAAACAAUACUGAUCUACAAUUGUGCAGCUUUAUGUUGAGUGAAAAAAACAAAUGAUUAAGAGGGGUUGCUGUGUUUUGAUCUUCUAACAUGCAUCAAGUUUUCUAUUUUAGUCUUUGCGGCUUCCUUUGGAAACUGUUGGCUGAUAAGAGAGAUUAGAUCAUGUCUAAUACGUUAAUUUUUUUAACUAUACAAUGCACAUUUUCCAAGUUAAAACAUAAAAUGGGAAGAUUUUUGUAUAUGUAGCUUGCAAAAAGUCAAAUAAACAAAUACAUUUAAUAUUUCUUUUUUUUGACAAGCUUUUUUGAUCGACUCAUUUGCUAAGAUCAAACUAUUAAAAUAUGCAGCACACGUCAGAAAAUGUUCCCUCCAGAUUCAAAUUUUAGCAAAUAAAAUCUUUGAGUCUUCACUUCUCGUCCCUGUAAUGAUCUACCUUAAAGACCCAUGCCAUCUUGUAAAACGGCAUAUAAACUAUUACAUUUUAACUCAUAAAGUGAAUGUCAAAACCACAGUAUAAUCUUAGACCUGGCACCAACACCACCAAAAACAACCAAGAUAUGUUUAGUGCAUCUUGUAAUGUUUUCUGAGUAAAAGGAAGUCCCACCAAUCAAAUUUCCUGUCAUGUUGAAAAAUGUAACUAAUUUUAUUGAACCUGUUUAUGCGGAAGACUAUUCUGGUUGUGCAAAUAUCUCAUUAGAAAUACAAAUGGGUUAAAGAUAGAAGAAAAAAAAAGUAAAAUGGUUAUCUAUCCAAAAACAUUUCUCUGAAACACGCAGGGGCUCUGAAGCUUGUAUAAAAUGUGCUUUCUAUGUAACGUUUGAGUAUUUAAAGAUAUUUAUGAUUUUUAUUUAGUAGAUAUAAGACUUUUUUUGCGUUCUGCUAUGCAGAAUCACAUGUUUACUGGGUUGACUCAUUUCUAAACAAAGGUUACUGAAGACGGUUGGCGUGAUAGUUUGCAGUUAAAUUUUAACAGCAAUACAGCGCCAUAAAAUACAUUUAUGGUCGGCAGCUUCGUUGGAUCGUCCUGACUUAACUAGUCGAGGCCUUUUUCAGAGAUCCAGUCUUCAGUUCUUCACGUUGAGUGAAACGACAACCCUUUUUUUGCGCAUUUGUGCUUUAAAAUUUGAGCGAGAAGCCAGAAAUCCUGAGCAGCCGUUGCACCCCAACAAGGCUAAGUUACAAUCAAACAUUUAUUCUUGUCUUGUAAAAGCCUGGUGAUAUUUUACCACAUAUGCGAUGCUUUCAUGUGACGUGGUCGUGCUUUGCCAAAGCUGUUAAACUACAGAGCAGGGUCAUGAGUUUGCUUUUCAAAUGGAAACGGUAUUCUGUUAAAACAACUUGUGAAAAGUAAGAUGAAAGAAUGUAAAUAAUGUAUUUUAUUUGGCUUCUUUCACUCUGUAAAGCAUUCAAUAAAAUGUUUUCAACUCACA